AUUUAAACAACAUGGCGGCAAAUGGCAGGCGGAAGAGAAUGGAAAAGAACGUCGAGCAGAUAGCGAUGAAAUCAGUCCUUUAGAAAUCGGAUUUAUGAAUCUGUAUGAUUUGAAGCAGAUUGUGUGCCAAGGUGGCACAUUGUAAGAGGGCUGAUAGUAGGCAUUUCUGCAAGUUGAACUGUUGGUUGCAUCCUAAAUGGCAAGCUCCAAUUCAGGCAGUGCUAAGAGUCGCACAAGUUCUCGUGUAUCUUCUGGGCUAAGAGGCUCACAAACCCUGCCCAGCAGUGGAGUGAAGAAAAGUGAGUCAGCCUCAAAGUCUAAACCAGCCAAACCAUCAGAUAAGCUCAACCCAAAAACUGUUGAUCCCUUUUCCAUGCGUCCUAAGAGUCAGUCUGCGUUUGCUGCUGUUUAUGCCAAUGGUGGAGUGCCUUGCAGAUUACAACAUGGUUCUGUGAAACACAAACUGGCCUGGGACACCCCUCCAGAACAGGUGCCCUUUGACCCUGUCCUAGUGACAUUAGCAGAGGGAUUAAGAGAGACUGUCCAUCCUUACACAUUUGUCGCAAGAGCUGGUUUUAGAGAAUUACUAGAAGUUCCUGAUGCAGUUGACAAGACCAUGCCCAUCUUGCCCAGAAUUGCUCCUUGUAUACGAGCAACACUGGGUCACUCUGAUGCUGCAGUGUUUGAAGGCGGCCUUGAUGCUUUGGUACAGCUGAGUGAUGUUGUGGGGCCAGCUUUAAAUCAACACAUUAAGACUUUACUUGUUUCAAUAUCAAAGCGUAUGAUGGACAAGAAAUUCAAGGAAAAAAUUACAGAUGUUUUACAAAAGCUUGAAAUAAAUGGAGGAAAGGAGGCCUUAGUUACAAUUAAGGCAAAGGUCCCAACCUAUUCGUCUAUAAUGGGAUGAUGUGGAAUGUGGUUCACCCUGCUUCAUGUGCCAACUUGUGUUUUGACUUACCAGCGAAAGUGCCACAACAGUAGCCCAUCUCACGAUGUUUGUAGUCAUCUUACUGUGAAAGUAGUUGCUGAUUUAACUAUUAUGAGAAGAUUUCAGCCAGAAUCAAUGACUACUAAACUUUGAUGUUCAUGGUGAGAAUGGGUGUAUUUUCUGCCUUGAAUUUUAUAGCUUUUUCAGUCUUAAUUGGAAAUGAGCAUUAAGGUAAAAAGGGUGAAGUAGCAGUUCUGGUCUACAACUUAUAUGGAUGGAAUAUAGUUACUGUAACUGUCAAGAACCCAUACCCAUGGUUAGAAUGUUAGAAAUGUGUUUGUGUGGAUUCCAAAUUAUUAAAAACUGGGAAACAGCCAGUAUUCUUUCUUGCAAAGGUAUUCUUAGUCUACCUGAUAUAGAAGCUUACUUCUUCAAGAGCUGAGUUAUCAUGUUGGCAUCAUCAUUAUUGGGUUUGAAUUGGGAAUAAGGGUUAAUUUCUGAUUUGAAACAGGUAAAUGGCUCAAGGCAUCUCACACUUUUAUGGAUUUUUCAGACAUAUAUAUUAUAUUUAUAUACAAUUUCCAUAUCGAUUUUCUGUGAAGUCGUAGGGUGAUUUAAGGUCACAAGUUUACAGUUGGCUUUAGGACUUAGCUGAAGACUUUGAUUGUGUUCAGGUAUGUUCAUAGUGUAAGUGUUUUUUGGGUGGUUUUUUUUCUUGUUUUUGUUUUUUUACUGUUUUCGAACAUCCCUUUAAAAGCAUAAAAGGAUAAGGUAAUGGUAAUUAGUCUUUCAAAAGAGAAACUUAUUUGUGUUGUUUUUAUACAGAUUUUAACCUGUCAGCAGUUCACUCUAUUUGUGACAAUAGGAAUAUUGAGCAGAAAUUUGGACGAGCACAUCAGAACUAUUCAGCAGAUUUUUGCAGCAAAACAAAAAUCUGAUGUUUUGAAGCAAGAUGUUUUCACAUCUACCUAUAAUUUUGUGAAAGAUUUACCAACUAACAGUGUUGCUGUGCUAAGGUUAUGUGGUUAAACAAAGGGCCACAAAUAACUUCACUUGAUAUUUUAUUGUGAUGCUGGUCAUAAUUUGUAAUCAGGAACACUCAAGGCAGGAUUUACUUAUGUACUGAACACUUUAUGAAUGAUAGGAAAGCAUGCACAUAUAAAUUAGACAGAUUCACACUAGCUGGUGUAACUUCAGCUAUGGCACAGUUGUAUCGCAGAGUCGGUGGUUGUGGGGGCUCUGGGUUUACUUGACAAGUGACAGUACAUUUUUAUACAAAAACAUACAGCAUAGUAACAAACAAGUUUUAACAAGGUUUGCAGACAUACAAUUCUAACAAUAACGUACAUGACUGGUCCUGAUAUGCAGCGUUGCGGUGGAUUAAAACAGUAGGUGGUCACCAAGCCUACAGUUCCACUGCAAGACCAGAUUAAAACAGAUUAUGUGUAAGGCCUGCUAACAUUCACAAUACAACAAUUUCUCUAGCUAUUCAUCCUUCUGUGCUACAGUUCAGGCAGCAAAGUGAUAAGUUGGUGAAAGCUGAAUUUCAUGAAAUGACAGAUAAUUUUCUGCAUGUAUCAAGAGGGGAUUCUGUGCCAUUCAUUUCCAAAACAUCAUUGUAAACAUUAUGAAUAAAUAAUAGUCCUACGUAUUAAUUUUAACAUGUAAGCGUUAUGAAGUACUGUUAAUUUUCAACACUGUCAACCACUAAUGCACUUAUUUCAGUGGAAUGUAUGCAUGCAGUUGUCAGUUAAAAAGGUUCAAGAAUUAGGGUCCAAAAAUGAAAAGUUACAUUUACAGAUAAUUUAUUGUGAUUUUUCACCAGUUAUAGACUACUGCUGCAUUGGUGGGCUCUUGUUGUUUUAACAAUGAUUUUACUUCUAUCCUGAUAACAGUGUAAAUAGUCCAAUGUACCUCUGCAUACUUCUGAUAGACUUGGCUGCACAUGUACUUUCAAAUUUGCCUUUUGUGUAUUUAUCUUAACCAUUCUAAUUGUUUUAGCUCACAUGUCAUUUCAACUGCUUUUUUCGUUAUGUUGCUUUGGUCAACAUUAAAAAAUUGAAUUAUAGCAAAUUGUUA